GGCUGUCCGACGAGGCUGUCCAAGGACGAUGAGCCUCUGGGUCGGCGGAACUGAGGAAAGCUCUCUCCCGCGCAGUCGCGGCCCACCCAGAAGUCGAGCCAAGUCGCACCGCAGAAAAACGCCGGUUCGCCUCUGAGAGUGAGAAGCGAAGGAAACUUUCUUUAGCGCUCUUCGCCUUCCACUUUUCCAGACAGUCUCGACGGGGAUAGAGAGAAACUUGUUUCUCGAAAGACGAAGCGGCGAGCAGAAGAAGGGAGAGAAGGGGAGAGAGGAGAGAGAGAAGGGAGGAGAAGAGAGAGGAGAGAGAAAAGGGAGGAGAAGAGAGAGGAGAGAGAAAAGGGAGGAGAAGAGAGAGGAGAGAGAAAAGGGAGAAGGAGAAGAGAGAGGAGAGAGAAAAGGGAGAAGGAGAAAGAGAAGGUGAGAGAGGAGAGAAAAAAGACUGCAGACAGAGAAAAGGAGACUGGGGGGAAAGUGACGUUUCUUCAUCGCGACCACAGGGUGUGUGUCUGGGCUUCUGACGGGAUCGCCUCGGCUUCUUAGGACCUCGACCCGACUGUCUCUUUUCUUUUCUUGACUUCGACCUUCUUCUGGCUGCCGGAGAAACAGACAGCAGAAAGGAGAGGGAGACGAAGAAAGGAGGGAACAAGGCGAGAGGAAGGAAACAAAGGAAGACGCGGAACGAGAAGAGGAGAAAGAACAGGGAAGGUGAGAAGAAGACGGCGGAGGAGAAGAAAACCGAAAAGGUGGAGGAAGGAGACAAAGGAGGAGAAGAAAGGAAGAGAAGUAAGGAGGAACAGUUGAGGCUCGAGAACUAGAUAGACAGAGGAGCUUGAAGAGACUGCGUCGGAGAGUCGAAAGGUCAUGAUACAGGGAAGGCAAGCGAGGAAACGCGAAAGAACUCUCCGAGACCAGAGGCCAUGGCGAGGGUGUCGUUUGCGUCUUCUCACACCCAGCGGAACAAUGGAGGAACUGGUUUUCAACAGAACGAGGAAGAGAGGCCUACAGCGGGUCUGGCGGCUUGCUCCUUCGGGCCACCGACGUCGUAUGCCAGAGCGAUUUACGAGGAGGAGAACGUCCGCUUCUUCAUUCUGCGGUCGCGAAUUGCCUACAAUAUCGAAGUCGCCAUGCAGUACAACAUGUGGGCAACGAGGGCGCACAACGACGCAGUCCUCGGAGCCGCUCUCACGGCGUGCAAAUACGUCGUUCUCCUGUUCAGUGUCAACAAUACGCACCACUUUUGCGGCUGGGCCGUCAUGCGCUCAAGACCAGGACAGUGCCGCUUCAAGAGCGACCUUUUCAGAGGAGCAGAGGGUCCACACGGUGGCUCUCAGUCCCGGUUUGAGGGAAAAACGUUCGACCUCGAGUGGAUCAGAAAGAUGCCUCUCGACUUCAGAGAGUGCGAGGGGCUGCUGAAUCCUCUUAACCAAAACCUUCCAGUUUAUCGCGCCCGCGACGGCCAGGAAGUCGCCCCUGCGGUGGGCCGCGCCGUCUGCGGCAUCUUCGAGACUCAGUGGCAGAAGCUGGCUCCGCCGGUGUCUCCGAGCGUCUCCUCUGUGCCGUCGGCACCCGCGGCUGUGGGGGUCCACGCCGAGGCGCCCGCGCCGGCGUCUCCGAGCGACCAGGGAGACACAUGCCAGCUCUCGCCCUCGGCGGCAAGAGCAGAGCGCGAGACCCCAGCCGGAGACAUGCAAGCGCGGCAACGUCUUGCCGCCCAACACGGUGGUGGAGGCGCAGAGGACGCUUGGGGGCCUCGGAUUGUGAAUCCUGCGAUUCAAAUUUACCCGUUAGAUCUCACGACCUUGACCUAUGAUGGAUACAUCCGAGCCUACCAGACAUCCCGAGCUUAUUGGCGCCGACGAACGGAGGCUUCUCGCAGCGAGGAAGAAAGACAAGAAGCCGCGAAAAAGCGAGAGCAGAAGAGGACGCGUCUUUUGGCCGCGCGGAAUCUCCACACGGAGGGCGAGAGGGCGCCGACACAGCACGCGAAGAGAACUGAAGGCGAGGCCCCGGAGAACCAAUCUAAAGGAGACGCGAAGAAACCGAGAGUUAAAAUGGAGAGGGAAGACGAGAGGGAGGACGCGGCAGGAGAACCGAGAGACGCAGACAUCGAAGAAGAUGGAAUAGGCGAAAGAGAAGAAGAGACAGGCGCAGAGCCUGGAGACUGUGAAUCAAAACAGCAUUUGGGGGAGGGAGAAAACGAGGCGGGAUCAGCCGUCUGGAGCUCUGACGGGGCUGAGGCUUCAAAGGCGCCAGACGAGCUUGCCGGUUCCGCGCCGGAGAUGUCGGAAGAGACAGGUGGGGAGGAUCUGGCGGCAGAGAGCCUGACGGAUGGAGACAUGCUUUUGACAGGCGAGUUGGAGAUCAAGCGAGAACGCGGGGAAACAUCGUCGCACUCAGAGGAAACGUGAGUGAGCGUAGCUGCAGAUCUCGCUCGAGGUUCGCUUCUUUCUUUCCUUUUUCUGUGGUUCCUUUUUUUCCGUUUGCUUCUGCAUACUGGGCUCCCUUUCACUCUUUCAGAGGCGUCGGGAGGCACGAGACACGCGAACGAAAACCAGACGCCGUCACCCUCUGUUUAAAAGCAGAGGAGCGAAGGAACAAGAAAAGGCCCACCUCCAGAGUAGCAUGCAUUUGUCUCAAAAGUCGCUCGGACGACCGCUGCAUCUCUCCCUCCGCAGCGGCCUGCGGAGCUGUCAAAGCAGGGACCAUCUGGAGCCUUUGCAAGUCUCGUUUUGAUAUCUCUGUCUUUGGUUUCCUCUCGUUGCUUUUCUGUCCCGGUCUUUUCUGCGCCGACCAUGGGCGACCUUCGCUGCUGCGUCUCUCGACUCAGGGUCCUGUGUCCGUUGAUGAUCUUGUUCAUCUUGCGUUUUCUUCUGAAAGAACCAUCGUUUUUGUGCCAAUAAGCGCGUAUUCAGUAAGACCGCGUCUCGCUGUCUUCUCGGCUCGUUCUUGGACUUUGGAAAACGAAAAAACUCUUCUGUGUGGAGUCCGUCCCUCCGUUCGAAUCCGCCUCGACAGGUUCGCGUCGCUCGACUAAACAGACGUUUACUUCACCGUUUGCGGCGGAGGGUGUCUCCCUUUGUCUCUCUUUCUCGACGUCUGCGUCCUCUGUUUGUGUCUUCGCGUCUGGGGGGAGGUGAACACACUCCUCAGAGACGCGGUUUGAACCGACGCACUCCUCAGCUGAAGUUGGAGACGGCUUCGUUUCCUCAUGCGCUGCUGGUUACUCCCUGUCCCCCAGACUGAUCAUGCGAGCGGCUGCGUAGUCGUUUCUCUCUCUCUCGCCGAGCCUGGCGUGUAUAUUGCGAGCCACGAGUCUUUUUGACAACUUAGAGUUUCGUCGAAGGCCGCUCGUCCGAGAGCGUCGAGAGUUCGCUUUGCGUCACUUCUGAGGCGCGUCCACACGAUUGCCUCCUCGAGGUUCAGAGCUCACCCGAAACGCUUGCACCCGUUGACGUGAGAGCGUCUUUCUA